UGUCAGCGGAGAGAUGGUUCUUGGAAGACGUUACCAGGGGGAGAGAUAAACAAUCCGCGUCCCUUAUGCAUUUUCGUCUCAUACCAAACAAUCGACAUGAUCCUCUCUCGAGUGAAGCCAGCUGUCGGGGGAGAAACACCGGCGUCCAGCGGGGAGAAAAAGAAGAGAAACCAGACCAAAGUUCCCAGUCUGGAGGAUUAUCUACAGCAGCGAGACUAUCUUGGCGCCCUGACGCUGUUGGAGUUUCAGAGAAGCGUUGGGGAGAAAGAAGAGCAUGCGGACCUGUGGAUUGGUUUUUGUGCCUUCCACUUGGGAGAUUACAAGCGAGCCAUGGAGGAGUACAAGUCUCUGACCACCAAGCCCGACUGUCCCACUGAUGUCUGGGUCUAUCUCGCUUGUGCCCUGUUUUUUCUUGGACUCUAUAAGGAGGCUGAGGAGGCUGCGUCAAAAGGACCAUCGUCCCCGCUCCAGAACCGUCUUCUUUUCCAUUUGGCACACAAGUUCAAUGAUGAGAAGAGGCUGAUGGGAUUCCACCAGAACUUGGAGGAUGUGACUGAGGACCAGCUGAGUCUUGCUUCUAUCCACUACAUGCGCUCACACUAUCAAGAAGCAAUUGAUAUUUAUAAGCGUCUACUUCUGCAAAACAGAGAUUUCCUGGCUCUGAAGGUGUAUGUGGCUCUGUGCUACUACAAGCUGGACUACUACGACGUGUCCCAGGAGGUGCUGGCUGUCUACCUGCAGAGCAUUCCUGACUCCACCAUCGCCCUCAAUCUCAAAGCCUGUAACCAUUUCAGGCUGUACAACGGGAAGGCGGCUGAGGCGGAGCUGAAGAACCUCAUGGACAUAUCCUCAUGCUCAUUUGAGUUUGCUAAGGAGCUUAUCCGACACAACCUGGUGGUGUUCAGAGGUGGGGAGGGGGCGUUGCAAGUACUUCCCCCAUUGAUCGAUGUGAUCCCUGAGGCUAGACUCAACCUGGUCAUCUACUAUCUGAGACAAGAUGAUGUCCAGGAAGCAUACAACCUCAUCCAAGAUUUGGUCCCGACAACUCCACAGGAGUAUAUUUUGAAAGGAGUGGUGAACGCUGCCUUGGGUCAGGAAAUUGGAUCGAGGGAUCACUUGAAAAUUGCUCAGCAGUUCUUCCAGCUGGUGGGAGGGUCAGCCAGUGAAUGCGACACUAUUCCUGGCAGGCAGUGCAUGGCCUCCUGCUUCUUCCUCCUGAGACAGUUUGAGGAUGUCCUCAUAUAUCUCAACUCGGUCAAGGGUUACUUCUACAACGACGACACUUUUAACUUCAACUAUGCUCAAGCUAAAGCAGCACUCGGAAACUACAAAGAAGCUGAAGAGUUUUUUCUGCUGAUACAAAGUGAAAAGAUCAAGAACGACUAUAUUUACCUCAGCUGGCUGGCUCGCUGUUACAUAAUGAACCAGAAAGGCCGCCUUGCCUGGGAGCUCUACCUGAAGAUGGGCACUUCGUCGGAUUCCUUCAGUCUGCUUCAGCUCAUUGCCAACGACUGCUACAAGAUGGGUCAGUUUUACUACGCAGCCAAAGCCUUUGACGCCUUGGAAAAGUUGGAUCCUGGUUCCAAUUACUGGGAGGGCAAGAGAGGAGCAUGUGUUGGAAUCUUUCAGCUCAUACUGGCGAACAAAGAGCCCAAGGAGACGCUCGGCGAGGUUGUGCUUUUGCUGCGGAACUCGGGGAACCCCCAGGUUGAGUACAUCAUCCGAACUCUGAGGAAGUGGGCCAAAGACAAUCGAGUUCUGCUGUCAUGACAGUGACACGCUCCUUGUUUCCAGUUACCACCACAUAUGCAGAUAUGAAUUUAGAAUCAUACUUCUGUGUUUUGACCUGAAUGUUGCAAUACCGUGCUGUGCUUGUAUAUUCGUAAUA